ACCAAAUCCAUUACAUAGUUUCACACCAAAAUUAUUGAAGUACAACAAAAUUAUUGGUGAAUUAUGGUGAUGAAAGAACAUAGGAAAUUGGUGUCACUACUUAUGGUGGUAGUAAUAAUGGCAUCUAUGUUAAAAUUUUCCAAUGGCAUGAGUCUAUGUAACAUGAAUGAAGAUGGACUUGAUGCUUGCAAGCCAUCAGUGACUCAGCCAUAUCCAGCAAAACCAUCCACUGAAUGCUGUAAGGCUCUUACUGGUGCUGACCUUCAAUGCCUUUGCUCUUACAAGAACUCAGCAGAGUUACCUUUACUUGGAAUUGACCCUACUCUUGCUGCUUCACUUCCUAAAGAAUGUGAUCUCACUCCUCCAUCUAACUGCUAGGCUUCAUUUAUCUAUAGUUUGUGUAUGUGUGUUUAUCUUUUGUGUUUGUCUUUGUUUGUGGCUUAUAAUAUUUUGUGCAACCAGCUUUAUUAUUAGGGUAAAAUCUGCUAAUUGUACUAUGUUUGCUUCAUGUAUAAGUACGUUUUAUUAAGUAAAUGGAGCAUACCUGAACUCCAAUAUAAGUCCCUUUUUCUUUGCGUGCAUAAUAGGUAUGUGUAAAUUUAAUUUUUCGUAAAUCAGGUGGUUAUGUUCAA